GUAUAACGUCUUAAAUUGUGCAUCAUAUCGACUUGUCCAUCCCAAUAAGUGCAAUUUUCUUUUUCAGUCAAUUCAUGCACCCAAUGGCCUCAUUUCCCAUAUGUAUGGUCCCAUUGAGGGUAGAAGGCACGAUGCCUUUAUGCUAGCAGCAAGCGGUGUGUCUGCAAAGUUAGAGCAACUGGAGGAUGCUAGAGGCAGGGGAGAACGCUACGUCAUUUAUGGUGAUCCAGCUUAUGGUGUUACCAGAUCCAUCUUGGCUCCAUUCCGUGGUGCCAAUUUAACAGAAGACCAGAAGAAAUUUAACAAAAGAAUGAGCAAAGUUCGAGUUAGCGUUGAGUGGGGUUUUGGGAAAAUCUGCACUUACUUCGCAUAUUUGGAUUUUAAGAAAAAUUUGAAGGUCCUCUUGCAACCUGUAGCCAAAUACUACAUAGUAGGUGCUCUUAUGACAAAUUGUCAUACAUGCUUAUAUGGAUCCCUAUCAACUACAUUCUUCGAAGUUGAUCCACCAUGCCUGGAAACCUAUUUACUAAAUGAGUAA